CAAGUCUCUCGUCUCUCUCCGUCUCACUUUCCAGACACCGCCGAGGCGCCGACCACCACCUGCCGCCGCUCUCCGUCGACCACAAAAGGCAGCACUGCCUUUCUCUUUGAUGCCCAUAAAAGCUAGACCUCAUUGACUCUUCAAGCUCAGUUCAGUUUAGCUCAGAUCUCUUCCUCAAUGGCAAUAGACCACUAGUAAGUUCAGAAUCAUUGUUUUUCCUCUCUCCCUCUCUUUCCGUUUCAAAAACUUGGUUUCGGGCUGCAAUGGCCGAGGCUACAGAGGCAAAAACACUGCCCGAGGCUGAGAAGAAGAAGGAGCAGAGCCUACCCUUUUACCAACUCUUCGCUUUUGCAGACAAGUAUGACUGGUUACUCAUGGUCUCUGGGAGCUUGGGAGCCAUUAUCCAUGGCUCUUCCAUGCCGGUUUUCUUUCUUCUUUUCGGUGAAAUGGUUAAUGGGUCCGGCAAAAACCAAUCCGAUUUGAAGAAAAUGACAGAAGAAGUUUCAAAGGAACUGGAUAAGGAUGGAAACAACAUAGCAUACAGAGGGAAACUAUUUUGCCUUGUAUUUGCUUACGGAGAAAAAGGGCUUGGACCAUAUUAUUCCAUUAUUUCAUGGCAAUUUUUUAUUUCUUUACCAUAACAGAGCUAUCUACUCGUUAUGGUAAAGUGCUUCAUUGGCUUUUAAAGCUUGAAAUGAAGCACUUUUUUUUUAAUUUUUUUUUAUAUAAUUUUAGUAUCGUGUGAACACACGUUACUAAAAAAAUAAU